CUUAGACCGUACAUAUCUUAGCCUGUGAACGCAGACAAAUUUCGUAUAGUCUCCAGCCAGAAGCGGCGACUGGAAUACGUAUGCGUUCUGGCGCUAUAUAUAUCUCUCACACAAAGUUUUGUUCUUCAAGUCAUUUUAUCUGCGAAACAUUUUAUCGUAACAGAUCCUCGGCAUACCGAGUGUUCGACAGAAGCUUGGGUCCCGUAUGAGAAGUGUGUCGGCCAGAGAGCGUGCUUGCAUUGAGGAGGAACGUGGUCUGAGCGAGCUGGUGUUCCUGUGCCUUGGGUUACCACUGGAUAAAACUUACCAGCUAUCAGACUGGGAACGCCGACCAUUAAGUGAGGAUCAACUAAUAUAUGCAGGUAGGCUUACUAAUGAAAAGUUUCACGAUAAGACGCAUGCGCAAACAAUCAUUUAAGUUAGCCUAGUCAAUUUCUAUUGUUUAUUGUAUUGACCAAAUCAUGUGCAUUUUGAUCUGUAACUGCAGACUAAUUUUUGCAAGGAGCAGGCCUUUGGUCAGUUUCCACUAAAGAUCUUCAGUUCAAGGAUUUUUGCUCAUAAUGUGGUUAUUUUUGAGUACUAAAUUUAUUCUUUGACUCAAAAAUAUUUAAUAUGGGCUCACGCACGAGUUGUCUGUUCUCAUGUGGUAGUUCGUUACUAAUGGAAACUCAAAGGAAUACGUCAUAAUUUGCCCAUGCGCUAAGCCGUGAGACUGACCCUUACUAUAAAUUAUAGAGAACAGGGAUAGCGCGGUAAGAUGGCGGUUUGACACGUGCGCUGUCAUUCUACUCUCACCUCAGUGACAAAGGGGCGACUUCAUUUCUGCUUCCUGGUAUGUCAGCAAAGUUUGAAGUUGUAUCUCGGCCUCGCUCGAAGGAUUGUCCCCUGGUUUGUCCAUUUUCUUCCUUCCACAGGCCUAAGAUUUUCACGCUCCAUUUCGAUCAAUCGAGAUUCAGAGAGUUUGCCAUUCACAAAAAACUUCAGUUAAUCUGUGCCAAUCUUUUUCCUUAGCUUUAGACGCGCACUGUCUGCUUGAGGUGUAUGACGUGCUCAAGGAAUGGAUGUUAGAGUCGAGGCUGCGAGUGAAUAUGGAACCUGCUCUCGUCCUGAGCUGGUUGCAGCCUAAAAAAGAGAAACAACGGUAUUAAGUUGUUGUGAUUAGUCUUUUUUUCGUCGCCCGAGCCGUCAAAUUCUACGUUUAAGUUCUCGUUUCGAAAAAUAUUUGUAGUCAAGAGAAACAUAUUGCGUUGUAGUAAGUUUUAAGCUUUUGUUUUAAGAUUUAAAGGAUGCAUGGAAACGAACUUUUUUAUUACUAUAAAUAAGCAAAUUUGCAGGCAAUGACCUGUGAUGUAAAAAUAUUUUGUAUUUUCUAUUAAGGCCUUGCUAAAAAAAAAAAAAGCUCUGACGAAGUUAUGUUGCCACCGUGAUAAACUAUAAACGUAUGUUUGUUCAAAGGAUAAAUUUGCAUCCAUCAAGCAAGAAUGUUCUCUACUUAAUUAAGCGACUUAAUUUGAGUCAAAGGAGAAAAUUUUUCUUCAAUCUUGAUAUCCACCUUCAUAAACUUUCCUUCUUUGUUUUAUUUUAGACGGAAACGCCCAAAGCCAGGACAACGCACCAAUGUAAGUGUAGCUGUUGAUAACUUGCCUAUAUUCCUUAUUAUAGCAGAAAAACCCCAUUUAUGUUGUGGUUUGUUUUUUCCUUCGUUCAAUGUUUGUUUGCUUAAAUAGGUUCUUGCGCAUGAUAAUAAAUAAUAACGAGUUUGAGACAAACCAUCGCCCUUUAAAACACAACUGCACCUUGCCUUCAGACCCCUUUCUUUCAUUUGCCGAUUUUGACGUACACGAGAAAGACUCUGCACAAAUUGAGUAAGAUCAUUGUUGAGCAUGCGCUGCUCGUUCCUAGGACACUGUUUCAAACCCAGGCCUAAUAGCCGUGCGCUUGGUACAGCGGGUUCAGUAAUGACCAUCGGUUUUAUCAGUAAACGGUGCUCGCACCAGGAAAACCAGUUUGACGAGAGAGAACAAGAUUGACUUGUCCAGACUCCAGAAGCUUGGGCCUUGGCGAAUUCAAAGGCUUGAUGCGAUUCUGGUGAAGCCUUCUUUUCUACUCACUCAAGAGAACAGAAGGAGGUCUUACUAGCGGGUUGACAUAACACAUACAUUGUUUAAACAUGCAGCCUCAGCUAAAAAUGUCGCAUCUACCAUUCUCCCUACAAAAGGGAUAGUCUCACUUCUCCACUGUUGCCAUCUGUCGUUUCGGCAGCCUGGUUUAAUUUUUAGCCAUGUUAUGACACUGAGAGACAAAUAAAAGAUACUUGUCUUUCUCUUUAGGAUAUACUUCCGCCGGCACAAAAAAGGAAACCCAUUCCUCCGCAGCAGCUGAGGGUCGUGGUCGAUAAAAUGCUGCAGGGACUGGGUCAGCAUUUAAGAUGUUGCGGGGUAGACGUGACCAUUAUGGAUAACAACAGCGAUCACGCCAAAUUACUUGAGGUGAGGCUCAC